ACACUAAUAUAGGCAAAACAUAAAAAUAGACGGCAAGAGUUUCAGUUGCGCGCGACUCGUUUUCCGUUUCACUCUCCGUCAACAGCCCUACCUCCGCGGCCUCUCGCGGCGGCGCUGAUAGAAAAUAUUAGAACGAGGACUGGCCGCUGCUAUCCGCGAUUGUUUCAGCUAGCAGGGCAUGCGAUGCCUCCGUGGUGUCCUGACUGUGUGAAAAAUGUUCGGACUGACAACUUUGGAGGCAAAACAUGCUGUUCACUUUGCGGGAGGAUUCUUAUUGAGGAUGACAUUGCGGAGGACGUUCAGUUUGUGAACUCAGCUGAUGGACAGUCAGGAGAAAUGGAUAUCGACUCAAAGGCACCUGAAAAUGCUACUUCAGUGGCUCAAGGGGAUACAGAGAUAUCCAAAACAAUGGAGGAUCUGAAUAUUGGAGAAACAUCCUCUAGCUUCAAGACAAAACCAGUUAUCAUAAUAGUAGUGGGGAUGGCAGGAUGUGGAAAGACUACAUUUCUUCACCGGCUCGUCAGCCACACUAUGGCAUCAAAUAUUCGAGGCUAUGUUAUGAAUCUUGAUCCUGCUAUCCUGACACUUCCUUUUGGUGCAAACAUUGACAUCAGAGAUACUGUUCGAUACAAGGAAGUCAUGAAGCAGUUCAAUCUUGGGCCAAACGGAGGAAUUUUGACUUCACUCAACCUUUUCUCAACAAAGUUUGAUGAGGUCAUAUCCAUGAUAGAGAAACGAGCGGAUCAGCUUGACUAUGUGUUGGUGGACACUCCUGGCCAAAUCGAAAUUUUCACUUGGUCCGCGUCUGGAGCUAUUAUAACAGAAGCUUUUGCCUCAACAUUUCCCACAGUAAUUGCUUAUGUUGUUGAUACGCCCCGUUCAGCUAGCCCAGCCACCUUCAUGAGCAAUAUGCUGUAUGCCUGUAGCAUCCUCUACAAAACACGGUUGCCACUAGUGCUGGCGUUCAAUAAGACAGAUGUGGCACAACAUGAGUUUGCAUUGGAGUGGAUGAAAGAUCUCGAGGUAUUUCACGCAGCACUGGAUUCUGAUCAUUCUUAUACAUCAACCCUGACGCGCAGCCUCUCUCUAUCGCUAGAGGAAUUCUACAGUCAUCUGAGAUCAGUCGGAGUAUCUGCAGUGACCGGUUCAGGGAUGAACGCCUUCUUUACGGCUAUUGAAGCCAGUGCAGAAGAGUACAUGGAAACUUACAGGGCUGAUCUUGACAAGAGACGAGCAGAGAAGGAACGCUUGGAAGAAGAACGCAUAAAGGAGAAUAUGGAUACGCUUAGGAAAGACUUGGAGAAGUCCCGAGGGGAAACUGUGGUAUUGAGCACCGGUUUGAAGGAUAGACCGGCUGACGAGAGCUUGGAGCUUGACGAAGAUGAAGAGGAUGAAGUAAUAGAGGAUGUCGAUACGGAUGAUUUCAUAGAUGAGGACGAGGAAGACGACGAGGAUGAAGAGCAUUUUCCGUUUUGAGACUCGAGUCUUGUGUCUGAAUCUAAGCUUUAGCUGACUUACUUCUGAUGCAGUUUACUAGUUUUUCUGUACAUGAAUGCUGACUCCUUGAUCCCUCCAUUUUGGUGAAAGUAAACAUCAAAUUUGGUAUCUA